AUGGCCAAGCUGGCCGUGCUGCCCGUGGUGUCGGUGCAGAGGGAGGCCGAGGCGCAGCUGCUGCCCGACGUGGGCGCCGUGGUCACCUGCAAGGUGUGCAGCAUCAACUCGCGCUUCGCCAAGGUGCACAUCCUCUACGUGGGCUCCACGCCGCUCAAGUCCACCUUCCGCGGCACCAUACGGAAAGAAGAUAUCCGAGCCACAGAGAAAGACAAGGUCGAGGUCUACAAGAGCUUCCGCCCUGGCGACAUCGUCCUGGCCAAAGUCAUCUCCCUGGGGGACGCGCAGUCCAACUACCUGCUGAGCACGGCCGAGAACGAGCUGGGGGUGGUGGUGGCCCGCAGCGAGGCAGGGGUGCAGAUGGUGCCCAUCAGCUGGUGCGAGAUGCAGUGCCCGCGGACACACACCAAGGACUUCCGCAAGGUGGCCCGCGUGCAGCCCCAGUUCCUGCAGACCUAGCGGCCCGCGCGCCUGCGCUGGCCCUUGCCCACAGCCGCCCUCCCGGAGCCGGGGUGCCCMGGCAGCCCCUGGGUUGGAGCCUGCUGCGUUCAGCGCCACAGGCUGCAGCAGCUGGCCAGGCCCUCACUCCGGGGCUGCGUGUUGUGUUUGUGCUGUGCAUAAUAAAUAUUUUCCUAGA